AUGGGUACCUAUAGAAAAAGAUUCAAUGAGAAAGCCAGAGCCGGUCAUAUGGCUAGGUUGAAAGAGCUUAAAAAGGUAAGAAAUAAGCAGUUUACUAGACAUCUGGACGAUGGUAACAAUAAAAAUGAAUCCGACAAUGUGAAUACUGUUGAAAGAACGGAUGAUACCAAUGCCAUGAUUUUGAAACCCUUGAGUGAAGAAGAGAAAGCUUUAAAGAAACGUAAGUUGCAAGAAUUGUUUCAGCCAAAGGAAUCUAAGGUAUCCAGAAUGAAGAAGAAGCGUCUGGAUAAGUUCAUUGAACAUCAACUGAAGAAAGAAGAGAAGAAGACCAUUAUUGAGAAGCUGCAAGACUAUAGAGUUGAUACUAGUUUGUUUACGUCAUCAAAGAGAUUAGGCCAUGGUAGGGACACUAAGAGGGAUGAGAUUAAAGAAGCGUUAAGUUUGGAGAAGCAAGGACGUCAAAGUGAGCGUACUAAAGAGAUAUUAUACACUGAACAUGAAGUAAAAAACUGGGAUGAGGAUAAUGAAGAAAAUGGUGACGAGGAUGGUGACGAUGAUGGUGACGAUGAUGAUUUCGAGGAAAAAUUUGGCGAUGCUGGUAAUUCAGGUUCAGGUUUCGUUGAUUAUCGUCCAAAGACAAUGGGUGGCAAUGGAGGCUUUGGUUUGGGAUUCAGCAAUGCCACUGUUGUCAAGAAAAAAGAUAAAAUUGUUCCUAAAAGAAAGUAUAAUUGGAGAGAAAGAGUUGAGAACAUAGAAAAACGUAAUAACCAAUUGGAAGAUGAAGAAGAUUUUAUGAGUUCGAAUGAGAGUGGAAGUGCAAGCGACGAAUAUGCUUCUGAAGAAAACUCUGAAGUAGAAGGACAAGAAGAUGGUACUGUCGAUAUUGAACAAGAGGUAUCUGAAGGUGAAUUAUCAAAUGAAGGUGUACGAACCGAGGAUUCGGAAGGUUCAGAAUCUAGUGGCGAAGACAAUGAUGAUGACAACGAAGACAGCAGUGAUGAUGAUGAUAUGGAAGAGGAAACUACUGGUAAAUUUGAGCAUAGUUUGGAGGCUAAAUCUUUUAAAAAUUGGGCUGUUAAUGAAAUAAAAAAGGCAGAGGGAAGAGAUGUUGACCUCGCAACACCAGUUUUAAAAAAUUAUACCCCAAUUGUACGUCCAGAAGAUCUUAAUGAUGGUCUAGAAGUACCAUACGUAAAGAUAGAUGAAAAUCUGAAAAGGGAAACCUUUUAUGUCCAUGUAAAUAGACCAGAAGAAAUCCAGGAAGUACGAGCCAAUCUACCUGUUUAUUCUGAAGAACAUAGGAUAAUGGAAGCCAUUCAUCAUAAUGAUGUUGUUAUUAUUUGUGGUGAAACUGGUUCUGGUAAAACAACCCAAGUGCCUCAAUUUCUAUAUGAAUCAGGUUAUGGUAAUCGUGAUUCUCCAGAUGCUCCAGGAAUGAUUGGUAUUACUCAACCUAGAAGAGUUGCUGCAGUGUCUAUGGCAAAUCGUGUUGCCAAUGAAAUGGGAGAUCAUGGUUAUAAAGUUGCACAUCAAAUAAGAUUUGAUACUACUGUUAAAGAUAAUACUCGAAUGAAAUUCAUGACAGAUGGUGUUUUGCUAAGGGAAAUGAUGCAAGAUUUCAAAUUAACAAAAUACUCAUCUAUUAUAAUUGACGAAGCCCAUGAAAGAAAUAUUAACACAGAUAUAUUGAUUGGUAUGUUAAGUCGUGCCGUGAAGCUUCGUGCUGCAGAGCAUGCUAAAAAUAGCACCGAUUUUAAGAAGUUAAAACUGAUUAUUAUGUCUGCUACUUUAAGAGUUUCUGAUUUCAGUGAAAAUAAAACAUUAUUUGAUCACUCACCUCCAGUUGUGAAUGUGGCAGCCAGACAAUUUCCUGUCGCUGUGCAUUUCAAUCGUCGCACACCAUAUGAUUAUGCUGAUGAAGCAUUUAGAAAAACAUGCAAAAUACAUAGAAAGUUACCUCCAGGAGCAAUAUUGAUUUUUAUGACAGGUCAACAAGAGAUUACUCAAAUGGUUACGAAGCUAAGAAAAGAAUUUCCAUUUCCAGAUAAAACUAAAAUUAAGAACUACAACGUUCCUGUUUCUGAAGUUAGAGUUAAUGCUAAAACAACAGAUUUGGAAGCUGAAGAUGUCGAUUUCAGUGUAGAAGGAAAUCAAAUGGAAGAGUUUGAUGAUAAAAUCAAUGAAGAUGUUGAUGAUUAUAAGGAUGAAUCUGAAAAUGAAGAAGGUUUUGAAGAGACUUUGGAGGAUACUCAAACUGAUAAAGAUCCUUUAUUUGUUCUUCCGUUGUAUUCGUUGCUGCCAACGAAAGAACAAAUGAAAGUGUUCCAAGAUCCACCUAAAGGAUCAAGAUUGUGCAUCGUUGCUACUAAUGUGGCCGAAACGUCGUUAACAAUCCCAGGUGUAAGGUAUGUUGUUGAUUGUGGUCGUUCGAAAGAACGUAAAUAUAAUGAAGAGAAUGGUGUUCAAAGUUUUGAAAUUGGUUGGGUCAGUAAAGCUAGUGCUGGCCAACGUAGUGGUAGAGCUGGUCGUACAGGACCAGGUCAUUGUUAUAGAUUGUACUCUUCUGCGGUUUUUGAACGUGACUUUCCACAAUUCUCUAAACCGGAGAUAUUAAGGAUGCCUGUCGAAAGUGUUGUUCUUCAAAUGAAGAGUAUGGCUAUUCAUAACAUUUUAAAUUUUCCAUUUCCAACCCCUCCAAACAGGGUUGCAUUAUCUAAGGCUGUGUUACUGUUGAAAUGCCUUGGUGCAUUAGACAAUAGUGAGAAGAUAACAAAUGAUGGUAAAAAAAUGAGUUUAUUCCCUCUUUCUCCAAGGUUCUCUAAAAUGCUUCUAUUAUCUAAUGAACAAAAAUGUUUACCAUAUAUUGUCUCGAUUGUGAGUGCGUUGUCUGUUGGUGAUCCCUUUAUUGGUGAAAAUGAAUUAGGUAUCGCGAAUGUAAACGUUCAAAAACAGACUGGUGAUGAUGAGGAGUCAGUUGAACCAGAAGUAGAUGAUCUUGAACUAGAAAAAAAGAGGGCUUUAAGAGCUAAAUUUUUUAAGAGCAGAGCUAAAUUUAGUAAACUGGAUAAGAAUAGUGACAUAUUCAAAGCAUUGAGUGUUAUAUCUGCGAUGGAUUAUAUUCCAAAGGAUAGUAAACCAUUAUUUUUAAAAAAUAACUUCUUAAAAAUAAAAAUAAUGGAAGAAAUAAGUAAGUUGAGAAAGCAGUUAUUAUAUAUUAUUAAAUCAAAUACUUCUCAAGAGAACAUUGCAGUUUCAGUUACUGAUGAAGAUUUAAAAUCUAGUAUCCCUAACGAAAUUCAAAUUAAAUUAUUGAAACAGAUGGUUUGUGCUGGUUUUAUUGAUCAAGUUGCCAUUAGGGCAGAUUACUUAUUCCCAGAAGAGGCUGAGAUCACAAAUAGAACAUCGAUCAUUAACAUUCCUUACAUACCAGUACUAGCACAAAAGGAAAAUAAUGUAGAAGAUAUGUUCACCUACAUUCAUCCAUCAUCGAUAUUAGCGAACAGUGGUGAAUUGCCACCAAAAUUUUUAGUAUACCAUUCUUUACACCUAAGUUCAACAAAUAAAACCAGACUACAACCAUUAUGUGAUGUUAAGAGUACACCAUUGGCAAACAUUGCUAGAAGCGGGUCAUUGCUGACUUACGGAAAACCUCUGACAGGUCAAGGUAUGAAACCAAUCAACAUAUCAGUAACUGAAAGAUACUGUUACGUUGUCCCAAGAUUUGGUUCUACGAUUGACAGUGACUUAAAGGUAGGCUGGGAUCUAAAUCCUAUCUCCGUGCAUCAAAUAAAGGAGAAGGGACAAUGGCAGGUAACAAAAUUUAUCACCAACAGAAACUACAAGACCAUGGAAAAAACCAAGAAAUAG